AUGAAAUUUUUGACUUGCGAUGAAGUUCGUUCAGCAUUCAUCAGUUUCUUUUUGGAUCGUGAACAUACAUACAUACAUUCAUCAUCAGUCAUUCCUUUUGAUGAUCCAACUCUGCUCUUUGCUAAUGCCGGCAUGAAUCAAUAUAAACCUAUAUUUUUGGGUACGGUGGAGCCAUCAAGUGCUAUGGCAAAGCUUAGAAGAGCAGUAAAUACACAAAAAUGUAUACGAGCAGGUGGUAAGCAUAAUGAUCUGGAUGAUGUUGGAAAAGAUGUGUAUCAUCACACGUUUUUUGAAAUGCUUGGAAAUUGGUCAUUUGGAGAUUAUUUUAAGCUGGAAAUAUGUAAUUGGGCAUGGGAAUUGUUGACUAAAGUGUUCAGAAUUCCAAGUGAACGCUUAUAUGUUUCUUAUUUUGGUGGUGAUGAAGAGUCUGGGCUUGCUGCUGAUGAAGAAUGUCGACAAAUAUGGUUAAACAUUGGAACAAAAUUAGUAUAUUUUAUAUAA